AUGAAAGCAUUCACCUCGAUCGCAGCGUUCGCAACAAUCGUCAUGGCAAUGCCGAACCCAUUCGAUCAGGUUAAUGUCAUAGCUCGAGAUAGCAUCCAAUGCACGGCAAGUGGCAAUGUGCCGACGUACCACGAUUGCGCAAAUUGUUGCGCGAAGAAGGGAUGUAUCCAGUACUGCGGCCUCCCUAAAAUAGUUGGCGACGGUUGCGAGGAAGGAUGGUCUCAGGCCAUAUGCAAAUAA